GAGGAGAGGGCAAAGCACUGUGGCGAGCAGCCGAUCUGUCAGCAGCGCAGUUGGUGUUGUUGUGCAGUACUGAGGAACCACAGCUGUGAUUAUGAUUGAAUAUAAUGGAGGAAAAUGGACAAAUCACGAACUGAGAUUACUGAGUACACCUACAGAGAUUUGGACUGGACGUAAAAAUGCCACAGGCGUUUGAUCCCACUGCAGAUAUUGGUGUUUUCUGGAUUUAACGCAGUAAAGUUACGGGGAUCUUUGUCAUCCCGGACUAAAGAAAGACAAGGGGGCCUGAAACUACACAGACGUCGGUUGAAGUUCAGCUUCGGGCUGCGCUAGCUACGUUAGCAUUUAGCUUGGUGUGAACAGUCUUUCUUUAUCCAGUGUUAAGUAGGCUUGUAAAGGGCUACGUUUAAUGUGUAGUGUAACGCAUAACCAGGCACAGUGUGUUUUUAAUAACUAUCGUGGCUGGUGAUGACUGCUUUGGCAACGUUAGCAGCCGUGCUAAUAGCUAAGCUAGCUGGCUAGAUCUCCGGCAGGGCUAGCUUGUUGUUCCCCUGCUAACUUAGCUUAACUUAAAUGAGAACAAAAAUACAGACUCCAGUUUAUGUAUUUAGCCUUGCUGACUAGAAAACCUAUCUCAGCAGUAAUUUCUGCAAUUUUUUUUUGCAAAAUUGCAUAUUAAAAUGUCAAUUCCAGACAAUAAGCAUGUAUUUCUUCCCUGUAUAGACUUUUGUCACCAAGCCCACAAGAGUCCGGAUGCAGCUUUAUGAACACUUUGCUUACCUAUACUUUUACUUUAAAAUAUAUAUUAAUCUGUUACUAAAAUCAUAUUUUUUGGCUCAAGAAGGAACUUUAGUGUCAGCUCGUGGUUAUUUCAAAGCUGCCAGUUAUUAGUUUGAAAGACAGGACCAGUUGUUUACAUUACAAGUUUUCUUCCCUUACCACCUAUGACCAAAGUGUUAUUUUUUCUGUUGACUGGCCCCUUUUUAGUCUCAGAACUGCAUAUCAUUCGGAAAACUUAACAGGCAAAACAAGGACUUUUAGCUCGUGGACCCCCAUUCAGUAAGUUAAAGGCAUAACAAGCCUUUGUUUUGGGUCAACUGAGUGGAAUAACACACAAGGGGGUUACCCAACCUUGUGUCCACUGGGGAAGUUUACAGUCACUCUACUUCAGCCCCUGGGCUCAGAUGUGAGUACGAUGGGCAGCCAGGGCAGCCCAGUGAAAAGCUACGACUACCUGCUAAAGUUCCUCCUGGUCGGAGACAGCGAUGUGGGAAAAGGAGAGAUCCUGGACAGUCUGCAGGAUGGAUCAGCCGAGUCCCCGUACGCUUACAGUAGUGGUAUUGACUAUAAAACCACCACCAUCCUUCUGGAUGGGAGGAGAGUGAAGCUGGAGCUUUGGGACACCUCAGGACAGGGGAGAUUCUGCACCAUCUUUCGCUCAUAUUCCCGUGGUGCACAGGGGAUCCUCCUGGUGUAUGACAUCACCAACCGGUGGUCCUUUGAUGGAAUCGACCGGUGGAUCAGAGAGAUUGAUGAGCAUGCUCCAGGCGUGCCUCGAAUCCUCGUUGGUAACCGGCUACAUCUGGCCUUCAAACGCCAAGUUCCCACCGAGCAGGCGAGGGCGUACGCCGAGAAGAACGGCAUGACUUUCUUCGAAGUGAGCCCUCUGUGCAACUUCAACGUUAUCGAGUCCUUCACAGAGCUGUCGCGCAUCGUCCUGAUGAGGCACGGCAUGGAGAAGUUCUGGAAGCCCAACAGAGUGUUCAGCCUCCAGGACCUGUGCUGCAGAGCCAUCGUGUCGUGCACGCCGGUCCACCUCAUCGACAAGCUCCCGCUUCCCGUCGCCAUCAAGUCCCACCUCAAGUCCUUCUCCAUGGCCAACGGCAUGAACGCCGUCAUGAUGCACGGACGCUCGUACUCGCUGGCCAACCCGUCCGGCGGCUCCAAGGGCAACAGCCUGAAGCGCUCCAAGUCCAUCCGUCCGCCGCAGAGCCCGCCGCAGAACUGCACCCGCAGCAACUGUAAAAUCUCCUAACUCGCGGCUUCCUCGGCGUGAGAGACAAUGAACGAUCGACAGCAUGGUGAUCAGGAGUGUACAAGAUGUAGUUAGUAGUUAGUUGGAGGAGAAGAGCACAUCCCCGAACCUGAAGAGCUGAAGAGCAUGAAUGACGGAUAAGGGGAUGAAGGAGUGCUACCUCUCACCUUCACGUUAAAGACCAUGAUGUACUCUUGUCAGGUGAAAGUGCGGGGAGGGGGGGGGGGGAGAGGGGGGGAGAGGGUGGGGUCUCCACUGAUGCCUCAAGAUAUCAGAGGAGAAUGACUGCAGGCAUCAUGGUCUGCACACACCUGACUCUCACUACCACCAACUGCUCAAAUGAGAGAAGGGGAGUUUAAACUACGUAUGUACAGAAAUCCCUCUCCAACUCAAGCAAACAUAUUUAGCUCCUCUACGUGAUGCACGCCUCAUUGUGUCUGGCAUCACAGAAAUCACCUCAAGAUCAAUUCUUCACUUUUAUGUCGGACUUUUCCUUUUCGUUCUUCGGUCCGUGUGGUUACAAGUUCACCUGUGUUCUGUCCACACAGCUGGUUUUAUUUGGUGUUGUUCUUAAUGACCAAUAAGCUAAUGAUCAAGACACUAGUAAGCAGCCAGUCCUUUUAUUGAUCAUUGUCAUUCAUCAGCUGGCUGUAACAGUUGUUGGAACACUCAUUGUGCUUUGGAAGGUGAAAUGUUUUAUUUAUUAACACUCGUUGAAUUGAAGUCUUGGUGACUAGAUGAGUGAAGGUUCCCACCCGGUGUUGUAGUAGAGGUGGAGGGAUUCAAACAGGACUCCCCCAAAAUCUCCUAAAUGGUCCAGACUUGCUGGUGUACCUACAUUUUGUAGAGGUGUCUUGUGUCAAUAUAAACACGUCGCUUUUGGUUUUCUUUUUUUUUAAUAAUGAGCCAGUUGCAACAAACUGGCUUAAAGUACAAAAACAAAUAUGAAAUGGAUGAGUGAAAUUUCCCCCGGUAACCAGUUCUCACAUUAGAGUUUUAGGUUUCUAUUUUUAGUCUGGGGUUCACACAGGCGCUUUGCGGUGAUGAGGGAUCAAAUGAUGCUUGUUGCCAUGGAUACCACUCAACGCUAUGACAAAUAAGUAUCCUAUUUAAAGUCUCUCCACAUUUAUUUUUAACCUAAUGCCACUUGAAGAAAAAACAUAAUCGAAGAAUGCUGGCGAUAUUCUGCUUCUUUUUUUCACAUUUUUCAUCAAAUCCCAUUGAAAGCCAUUUUCUUUUUGGCCAGAGAGCUUCUGGGAGUUGUAGUCUGGAGUCUCAGAUCUCACACCUCACCUGUCAUGUCACACCUGCUACAUGCAGCAGGAACCUGCACACACCAGGCCUGGCUCCUUUUAUUUGAACACGUAUGCAGAAUGACGUGGAUCUGCUUUCCAUCCGUUGGUUUCCGUGUUGAGGCGGAGCGAGCAGGAAGCCCAGAUAUGUCAGGCUGUCCUCGGAUGAUGGCGAGAGUGGCAGUGAAAGGCCUAAUGAGUGUAAACAGAAACCAGGCUGAGUAGCUGGACAGGAUCGUGUCAGGUAAAGUGGAAUGUUUCUUGUGUUAACAGUAAACAGUGACCCGUGUUUAUCCGUUUUUUAUGACCAGCUCUUUGUUUCCCAUAGUAAUAACUAAAGGACCAAACUGCUGCUUCGUUUUAAAGAAUAUUUGAUCCAGUCACCUACGUUGUUUAGAGGCGAUAAAUCGAGAGAUCAAUCGCCAAAUAUUUAUAUUUUAGGUAAAAUUCUAAGUAAUUUGCUGUUUUAAACAUUGGAAAAUCUUUUGGGGUUUUGAACUGUUGAUUGUACAAAACAAGACAUAGGAUUCAGGAAAUAGUGAUGGGCAUUUCUUACUAUUUGCUUUUGACAAUUUAUAGACCAAACGAUUGGCAGAUUAUUCAAUAUUGAAAGCUAGAAUUGAUUUCAGCUUUUUUCCAGGCAGCAAAAUGGUUUCAAUAUAUUUCUAAUAAACGGGAGGGGACUAUUUUAGCAGGGGGAUUAAUCCACAGUCGGAGGGGUGUUUGUUGGACAACUCUACGGCAUGGAGGAUUAAGAUAAAUCAGGCUUUGGACACAGUUGUUUUAGUUUUUUGGGAUUUGUUGACAAUAAGGAAAAUGCAGAAUAUCACCAGUGGUUGUCUUUGAAAUAUGAGCACUAUUUGUCAUCAAUAUAAUUAAGGUAUCAUGAGAAAACGAUUAACCCUUGUGGUAACCCUUUCUACUAUCACAGAGUUACUUUUUUAACCAACUUCAGUUCUUAUCAUAAUAGAUAGUUCUUCCAAAUAUUUGGAACAGUCUCACAAUUUUAAACAUUAAAUUCCAGUUGUUGUUUUUUUUACAUAAUGUCACUGUUUGUUAUGAGAAUAAUUGCAAUGCAUGAAAGGCUGCAGUGAUCUGUAAUACAGCAGCAAGCCCCGAGUGGAGACCAGGAGAAUAGCAUGGAAUUGGAAUUAGCUCGGAAUCUACAAGCCUGACCUAAUGGAAUGCAUGGUUUCAUGCUGUAAUAAUAGUGGGAUCAAACGUGGUUAAAAUGGUCUUUGCGAGUGGCAUUUAUCUGUUUUAGAUGCAAAGUUUCUUAAAGACUUAUAAAUACCACCCUUACCCUUAAAGUAUACACGCUAUUAUUAACAGAGCCAAAAUGAUC